GAGCUUGUUGUUGAGCAUUCCCUUGAGGCCAUACAACACACUUCCCGUUUUCCUUCCUUUCCAUCCCCUUGCCUUUCUCGCCCUUGCUAUCAUGUCAAACACAUCCAACAACCUUUCCAAUGAAGAACUUCUAGCUACCAAUGCCGCCCUCAAAGCCCAAGUUGAGUACUUGGCAAAACAAGUUGCCGAACUCACCAAGCUCAAGAUGAACAUGGUGAACACCCCGGAGGAAAGCGAUGAAGAAGAAGAGGUUCCUCUCGAGGAUAACUCUAGUAACACCGCUAGAGGAGAGAAUUAUGAACGAGGAGCUAAUGAUUUCAAGGUUGACAUACCAACCUUUGAAGGAAAGAAUGAUCCCGACGACUUUCUAGAGUGGCUCGAGACUGUUGAGCGCGUCUUUGACUUCAAAGAUGUGCCCGAGGAAAAGAAAGUCAAAAUUGUGGCGCUGAAGUUUCGGAAGUAUGCGUCCACCUGGUGGUCCAACCUAUCAACCAAAAGAAGGCGAGAGAAUAAGGCUCCCGUGAAGACCUGGUUCAAAAUGAGGAGCUUGUUGAAGAAGAAGUUCCUGCCCGAACAAUAUGUACGAGACAACUUUGCCCGGCUUCAACACCUAAGGCAAGGCCCUCGCUCGGUUGAAGACUAUACCCGGGAGUUUGAAGAACUCCUAAUGAG